GUGAAGAUGAGCAGGAUCAGAGAAAGGUAACUGAGAAAACGCAGUUGCAGGCUCAAGAAGAAAAUCAAAAAAUCACACGAUCUGGACAGAUUAUUCCAGAAUUUUCAGAUCGACAUCGCACACCAGCUCCUGUACAGAUAGCCAAGAGGAUUAAAACUGAUGAUUUUGCAAUUGGAAACAAUCUGGUAUUUGAGACAUCACUGUUAACUCCUCCAGACACAUUAGAGAAAAUGAAGCUACCGUCAACUAAGUAUCUGGGGAGGACGUCCAUGAGUGUUGAAGUUCCAGAUAAUGAAGAGAAGACAUCAGAUGAUACGUUCACGGUGCAACAGUCCACAAGCACUCCCUCAGAAAGGCCUGUUGGUGAUGAUAGUUGUCUGAAUAAAGAUGAAGCCACGCUAACACCUCUUCCACCAUUUAAAGCAAAAAGGCUGUUUGCAUCGUCUGAGAAGUCUGGCAAAGGAUCACAAGAAAUGGUGCAAGGAAUGGAAAGGACAUUCUCUGAGCUGGAUUACGAAGAGUUGAGUGACCUAAACCUCAGUGAAAUAUUUCAGAAUUUCACUGAAGAAAUGAGGAAGUUGAAGUUUUGUUUCAGGAAAAUGGAAGAACGCUCCAAGCAAUCACUGCAAUCUGCUGAACAGAAAAUAUCUACGUUGCUGAAUCAGAUUCACAAAUCCAGGUUACAGAAAUUGAAAAUGUUUGAGGAAAGACUUGACCGGGAACUGAAGGACCUUAAAGAAAACGUGCAAGCAGUAAAGAAUUUGGAGGAAGAGACUCUCAACUUUUGGAAGCAGCAAUCCUUUAAGAUCUUGCAGUUUUAUGAAAAUCAAGAACAAAGAGUGAAUCCACUGAUCUCAUCCCAAGAAGAUAAGGCUGGGAUGUCUAUGGAAACACAAGCUGAUAUGACUCAUAUGGAGAAUGAAGUAGAGCUGACCAGCAUGAAAGAUUGAAUUGAUGACAUCG